AUGCCACCAUCACCUCAAACCGCAAAACUAACCUCGACCCUUCACCUCCUGAUUCCGCGCCUCCGCCUCCUCCAAAAGAAAUCCACCGCAUCCUCCGUUGUGCAACGCCGCGACCUCGCCUCUUUACUCGAAAACAAUCGCGACGCAAGCGCCCGCAUCCGCGUCGAGAAUGUCAUUGCGACGGACAUUGCCAUUGAGGUCAUGGAGAUGGUCGAGCUGUAUUGUGAGCUUCUACUCGCGAGAGCAGGCGUGCUCGAUCAGCUGGCGUUUGGCGAGGCUGGGCAGCGGAUGAGGGUGAGGGUGAGGGAUGAGGCUGUUGCGUAUAAUCAUGCAAGAGGGAAGGGGGCGAUGGCUGAGGAUCCAAAGCCGGGUGACGGGGGAGGGGGUCUCUUUGGGUUCUUUGGGGGGAAGAAGGCUGCGCAACCGCAACAGCAGGCGCAAGGGCAGGAUCAACCUACUCCAUCGGACUCCGAAGCCGCAGUUGCAAACUCGGGAGACACAUUCUACCUCGAUCCGGCGCUUGACGAAGCCGCAACAGCCAUAUUCUAUGCCUGGUCUCGCUUCCCUAGCGAAGUGCGUGAACUCACACUCCUUCGCUCCUUACUUGCGGACCGCUACGGGAAGGAUUAUAUGACGCUCGCCUCGGAGAAUAAGCUCGCGGAUAUCAAAGUUCCCGAGCGGUUGGUGAAGGGACUCCGGGUGAGGCCGCCAAGCGCGGAGCUCGUGGAGAGCUAUCUAAUCGAGAUCGCGAGGGCAUACAAGGUUCAGUGGGGAGAGGAUACGGAUGCGGAUGACCAGGAAGUUGACGCGGUCCUGGAAGAGGUACUGGCUGGUGGUGAUGGUGUGGACGGAAAUGGAAAUGGUGAUGGAGGCGAAGUAGGCGAGCUUGUCCGCCGGGCAUCGGAGACGACAGAGUUAACUCGCGCCACCCCGCCAAGAGGCUUACAUGCGGACAAGCUCUCCGGAAAGAGUCCAGUGAGCGUUGCACCUCCUGGUCCGAGAUCUGAUAACCCAAAUCCGCGGGUCAAGGUUCCCGACGACAAGAAUGCGCCAACAGAGGUCCCAAGUCCAAGCCCGGCACAGCGCGCGGGGAGAGACAAGAGUGGCAUCCCGGAGGUGGACGAGCUGUCCAGACGGUUUGCGGCGUUAAAGCGGUAG